ACAAGUCAUUUCCGAGAAAAAAAUAUCUGCGUGAAAUUGUAGUCACGCAGUCACGUAAAACAUCAUACACUUAACUGUCCAGUCUAUUCCUUACAUUUAUUUUCCAGAGACAUUUUUCGAAGUUCAGAGCUUUGACAUCCUAAUCUUAAUCUUGAACGAAAACUCUUUCAACGUAUUAUAGCUUGAAGAUAGAAUUUUUGUUUGUCACUCUCCGAGAGACAAAUCGUUUAGCUCAGUUGAGUGGAUACAGACAAAUUAGCAUCUGGUUAUGUAAACAGUAUAGAAGUUCGAUAAUUUCUAUAAACAGUUUUUUCUCACCAUUGCCUAUUUGAAUAGGAGAUCCCGUAAAUGAGUUUAUGUAGUUUCCUAUUACAAAGGAAGUUGCUUAAUGUCUGACAUUAAAUUUUUAAUUAUUGUAUGACGAAUACAGGAUAGGCUGGUUACAACAGGAGCGUGACUGAUUUUGAAAAUGCUAUGCAGUAUUUGUUAUACACAAUUAGAAGGAGAAUUGACCAUCAUAGCUAGAAAAAUUGUAUUGUUCUCGUUGUUGAAUAUUUAUUUUCUCAUGGGUUAGAUUACAGCAUUUCAUAUUAGUAACUGAGAUAUGAUCAGUUAUUCCCACAAUACUAUAUUUCAAAUUGAGCAUACAAUACAAAUCUGAAAUCCGUAGUCAUGAUGCCCUUGAAAAAGUCAUAAACAAAACGUGGUAUUUGGUAUCUCUAUUCAUACCACCAUAUGUUUUGAAACUGAACCUACGGGAUAUCUUCAUACUUAGUCCUUCUUACUAUUUUAUUCAUUAGAGGUUCAGCACUAAUUUUGUUGCAAAAAGACUUACAGAACACAGCAAUGCCAGACGAAAGAGCAGUCAUGACAUAUGUGUCCUCCUACUACCAUCGGUUCUCUGGUGCACAGAAGGCUGAAACAGCAGCAAACAGAAUCUGCAAAGUACUCAAAGUUAACCAAGAAAAUGAAAGGUUAAUGGAAGAAUAUGAACGUCUAGCUAGCGAUCUUCUGGAAUGGAUCCGUCGCACGAUGCCAUGGUUGGCAUCUCGUCAAACCGACAAUUCAUUAGCAGGCGUCCAAAAGAAGUUGGAAGAGUACCGCACGUACCGCAGAAAGCACAAGCCCCCACGCGUCGAACAGAAGGCCAAAUUGGAGACCAAUUUCAACACCUUGCAAACCAAACUUAGGCUGUCCAACAGGCCCGCUUACAUGCCCACCGAAGGAAAGAUGGUUUCGGAUAUUGCGAAUGCAUGGAAAGGCCUGGAACAUGCAGAAAAGGCGUUCGAAGAAUGGCUUCUCUCAGAAAUGAUGCGUCUGGAACGUUUGGAGCAUCUGGCUCAGAAAUUCAAGCACAAAGCGGACGCUCACGAAGAAUGGACCAGAGGCAAAGAGGAGAUGCUCCAAAGCCAGGACUUCAGGCAGUGCCGUUUGAACGAACUGAAGGCUUUGAAGAAGAAGCACGAAGCGUUCGAAUCGGAUUUGGCCGCCCACCAGGACAGAGUCGAGCAGAUCGCCGCCAUUGCGCAAGAAUUGAACACUCUAGAGUACCACGAUAGCGCGACCGUGAACGCACGCUGCCAGCGCAUCUGCGAUCAAUGGGACCGCCUGGGUGCUCUGACCCAGCGCAGGAGACAGGCAUUGGACGAAGCCGAGCGCAUCAUGGAGAAGAUCGACAUCCUCCAUCUGGAGUUCGCCAAACGGGCAGCUCCAUUCAACAACUGGUUGGACGGAACCAGGGAGGACCUGGUGGACAUCUUCAUCGUACAUACCGUCGAGGAGAUACAGGGGCUGAUCGACGCACACAAUCAUUUCAAGGCAACAUUAGGAGAAGCAGACAAAGAAUACCAAAGCAUUGUAGGACUGGUUAGAGAAGUUGAAGCCAUCGUUAAGCAGCACCAAGUACCUGGAGGUUUGGAAAACCCCUACACAACUUUGACAGCUCACGAUUUGACAAGGAAAUGGGGAGAAGUUAGAACUCUCGUUCCCCAGAGAGAUGCUACUCUACAGGCCGAACUUAGAAAGCAACAGAAUAACGAAACUCUUAGACGUCAAUUUGCUGAGAAAGCUAAUGCUGUGGGGCCAUGGAUUGAACGUCAACUGGAUGCUGUUACUGCUAUUGGAAUGGGAGUUCAUGGAACACUGGAAGACCAACUGCACAGACUUAAAGAAUACGAACAAGGAGUUUAUGCUUACAAGCCACACAUUGAAGAACUGGAAAGGGUGCACCAGGCUGUACAGGAAAGCAUGAUAUUCGAAAACAGAUACACACAGUACACAAUGGAGACCUUGCGCGUAGGCUGGGAACAACUACUAACUUCAAUAAAUCGCAACAUUAACGAAGUCGAGAACCAGAUUCUCACCAGAGACUCCAAGGGCAUCACACAAGAACAACUUAACGAAUUCCGUUCUUCGUUCAACCACUUUGAUAAGAAUCGCACCGGCAGAUUGACACCUGAGGAGUUCAAGUCAUGUUUAGUGUCACUAGGCUACUCGAUCGGCAAAGACAGGCAGGGCGACAUAGAUUUCCAAAGGAUUUUGGCUGUGGUUGAUCCAAACAGCACUGGUUACGUUCACUUUGACGCCUUCUUGGACUUCAUGACAAGGGAAAGCACAGACACUGACACAGCUGAACAGGUUAUCGACAGCUUCCGCAUCUUGGCUGGUGACAAGCCAUACAUCCUACCUGAUGAGCUAAGGCGUGAAUUGCCUCCUGAUCAAGCGGAGUACUGUAUCCAACGCAUGCCACCAUACAAGGGCCCUAAUGCAGUGCCUGGAGCUCUGGAUUACAUGUCUUUCUCGACAGCUCUGUACGGCGAGUCAGACCUGUAGACGGUCACGUAGGACUGUCAUAACAUCAUUUGUAACCGCGGUGAUAAUUUCAGCCAUAUUGGGGGUAACUAGCAAGCUGCCCUUUUUGUUUAGAUAAUAUUUUCUCGUACUCUUACUACGGUGUGGGUAAGUUACAGUGCAUGCACCAUGGUGGUCUUCAGGAAGUGUACUUUUUGGCGACUUCUUCUUUCGCAGAAGUUGAAAUAGUACACAAAAUGGUAAUGAAAAUUCACGGUUUCUAAAAUGAGCUUAUUGUACCUUUUUGCUCACCUCGGAUCAUGUUGGUGAUCCAUUAUAAGUGCUUUUACACAAGACUGAAAAAGGAGGAUUGGAAAUAUUUUAAAAUUGGAAACUACGUUUUCAUGGUUCAAGACAAAAUGCAAAAUUAAACUGUAGGCACCAAUUCUGGUACUUUAUACUAAAGCAAUGAAGGCAUAUAAUCCUGAAAUAGUGUCAAGUUGCUUUCACAAUCGUUAUGCAAUUGUCAUUCCUUGUUUACUCCAACCGCAAAAAACCAAUGAGUUUAGAGAAUACGUGUACAUAUAUAACAAGCAAACUGAAUAUGACAAAAUAUCAAUCACUUCAACGGGUUAAACACGCAUUUUUUGAAACCCCUAUGAGUGAAUAUACUGUAUUUUUACCCAUUCUGUGUUCUUACCACCCUUUGUAAAUUACGUGAAAUUCCGGACAUAUCACACUUGUAGGGCUCAAACAUGACCUCAAAUGACAAAAUUUUGAUAAGUCUUUGGCAACAAAGAUUGUGUUAUCAAAAAACAAUGAAUACUAUAAAACUAUUUGGCGUGUGAGAUUUUGAGGUUAUGUUCGUGCUCUAUUGUCUUAGCUUGCCAAAAUAUAACGACAACUUGGAGUGAAUUCAAGUUGAAUCUUCGAAUAUACACAUAAUAAAUUUUAUUUUUUAAAUAUAUAUCGUAUGAUUGUAAUGUUGAUUUAAAAUUUUGCUUGAAAUUCUCGAAUAUUUUUAUUUUUAAUUUAUUACGUACUUCUUUUGCAAGUGCUCAGAUUUAUUUAUUUAUGAUUAAGGCUUGGCGUGUACAGUUUAUUCUAAGUAAAUGCUCUUUAUUGCCUUUUAAAUUGUAAGGUAAUGUUUGGUUAGAGUUCGAAUUGUAAUAAAGAGCCUUUAUCGUUGUAUUGUAUAUUUUUUUCUUUAUUUUUGGUUGGAGUUAUGUAAAAAUACCUACACGAUUCUCUUUUUGUCCAAAGUAUACUAACUUAUAUAAGUGAUGACAGAAAUAAAAUAUAUUAGAUUUAAAUUUUAUUUAUUUCAUAUUAUUUAUGUAAGUAUACACGGCCUAUUGCUGUGGAAUAUUCAGUUGCUAUGAAUGUUAAAACUUUAUAUUUCAUAAUAAUUAUUAUGGCUAUAUGAGUAUAUACACCAUUUUAAAUAAAUGUAUCGUGUUUCAUUCUGCAUUUCCGCAACUCUGCAUGUGAAACUAUUUCACAAAAUCGGGUAGUGGACGGCUGAAUUCCUACACCAGAACACCGGAAAUACCACCAAGUCAACUUCAGCUCUCGUAUUUAUUGUCGGCAGAAAUUAUAAAAAUGACCUUUAACGAGAUGGAGAGUAGAGUACGAUUUUCUACCCGCAAAAUUAUUAGACCAGGAGAAGUGUAUUACUAAAAAUGAAAUUUGAUACUUUAAGAACUGCUAUAAAAUUAUUAUUCUAAAUAUGAAAAACGUAAUAAUUUACUUUAUC